AUGAACGUUGGCACAAAUCCACAGCUACUUUUAUCUAAAAUGCAAGAUGAGAUCAAAACGGAUUUAUACCUGGCCAAUGAAAAGAUUGCCAAAUCUAUUGAAGAGAAGAAGCUAUACAUUCGAACCAUGACUCGUGCCUUGGCUGAACCGUCAUCCGAAAGAGAACUAGACGCAUUGGAAACUGAAGUGCGAGAAGUGAAUGAUGCCGUUGCCAGACUAGUAGAGAGCAAUUUAAAACAAACAAGCGUUACGGAUGAUAAGCUGGGGCUAUUCCGCCAACAAGCUGCUAUUGUGGCGAGAAAGAAGGAUUCUACGGCCGGUCAGCUUCAAGAGAUCACCAAUGAAAUUCGAUCGUUGGAAGAAGAGUUUGAACAUCGUAGAGCGUCGACUGUGAAUGCCAACAAGGCAUUAAAAGGAGAAGACUUGAAGAGAUACGUCAAUGACAUCAGAGCCAAAUCUUUGGUAUUUAAGCAGAAGAAAGGAGAAUUGGCUGCUCUGACUACCGAGUAUGGAGUCCUUCAGAGAACCGAAGAGAUCCUCAAAGGCCGAGAGAGAUCUAUGCGAGACUCUUACAAGACUCUUAGAAAGUCUUCGGGCUCGACCGGUAGUCUGAAUCUUGACUUUGAUGAUGUUGAUUUAGACGAACCCGGCAAUCACCAUCGGCACGCGGAUAGUCUAGAUGAGUUGCAAAUGGCCAUUGCUAGCCUCAAGUCAUCCAUCCAGGCAAAGAAGAAUGCGUUGACACCCAUGAUGCAAGAACUACGCUCAACACGUCAAGAAGUACAAACAGUAGAAGUUGAGCACACUCAAAAGAAGAGGGUGUACGAUGCUGCCAUGGCUGGCUAUGAUAGCGAAAACACUCAAGAUGCUGAAGUGUUGAGAUUAGAUCAGGAUCUGAAAGAUGGCGAAGCUCAUAUAGCGAGCUUGAAGUCACAGAUUGAGCAGGCCAAGGCAGAUUAUGAACGAGCUCAAGAAGAACUGAGGGCGUACAGAGGGGAUCCCAGUCUGGAAGCAGAGCAAGGCCGACGUGGGUUUAAAACAUACCGUGACUUGUUUACGAAGCAGCUCAAUGACUUUGAGCACGCACUCAAGACUGCUAAAGAUCAACAAAAGGAAGUUAAGGGUUCCUUUCAAGAACAUCAGCACCAAAUGGACUUGUUUACGCACCUUCAGCGAAUUUUGAGGGUGAAGGUGGAAUACAAUAGAAAGAGUCUCGCAGGUGGAUUUAGAGAUAGUGUUGGAGAUGGAGUCGCUUUGAUUUCUGUAGCACUUUUAAAGAUGAUGAUAAAGAGCUUCUUGGUCGUAUUGGCUUUGGCUACUAUCGGACUAGCAUAUCAAAAGCCUGAGCUGAUCUAUUUGCCUGGUUUUGAUGUGGACCAGGAUUACUUUGAAAUUAUUCUUGAUGAAGAUGGUGCGCGAUAUGUAAACCAGAAACCAGGGAAACAAGUCGGCAGCGGAACCAUCACUCCAUAUUCAGUUGCUAGUCAAGCCCCUGCUUGGAAAUCUGGGCCAUACCCGGGUUGGCAAAAUCCUGAAUGGAACAACGAAUGGCAGAAACGCCCUAAUGGACGUCCUCCUGUGGCAACAGGUGCUGCAAUGUCUUCAACAUUUGACGUCGAAUCCAGAGUUGGUCCUGAGAUCGGCUCUGUAUUGGGCAACGGUACGACUGGCACUCUGAAUGCUACUGCUACUGCUGAAUUGCCUCCUAUUGCUACUGCUACUGCUAGCGCUACAAGUACUACUAUGGAAAUUGCUCCUACUAUGACGUUGCCAUUCCCACCUGGAUCUACUAUGACUGCCACAGCUGCUCCUCGUCCAUUGCCUUCCACUCCAUCUGAACCUGUAAGCGGAGGUGCUACAUCCACGAAUCGUAUUGGUAUGGUAUUGGCUGGAACUGUCACUGUAUUGGUGGCGUCCAUCCUCAUAUUAUAA